AUGGGCACGUUAGAAUUUCAGCAGCUCGUGAAGACCCGACAGGCUUCCGACUCGGCCCUUCGUUUUUGGUACAUUCGUUACCGCUUUAUGAAUCCGCUGACGCCCUUUGCACCCCACCAAGAAGGCGAAUUUCAUUUCGGCGAGUUUCUCUCGGAGAGGCUUUCCGAGACUCUCUUGCACAUGGUAGAGGUGCCGAUAUCCACCUGGGCGUUGUUUAUUCCCAUUCUGCUGUCGCUGCGACCGGUCUUCGGCUUCAGCCCGAAGCCACUCGUUGAGUUCCUUGUGUUCGCUGCAGGGGCCCUUUUGUUUUUCAAUCUCUUUAUCUUUUGGAGACUGGAAAGUGUCUUGAACUACCACACCCCCAGCAGUAAGGAGAUCGAUGAGUAUUUACAAGGCCUUGCCCAACCCAGGAAUUCGACAGAACUGCCAGUCGCUCCCAUUGAAGCACUGCCACCAGUAACGCGCAACGGGGCCAUCUGCACUUUGAUACGAGGUGCCCGAGUAAUGAAUGCGCAUGAAUCGUUGUUUGUACUGGGGCCCAGAGGCAUCCCAGCGCUGCGGACUUUGAUUCAGCUUUCGCUGUCUCUUCAUGUUGUCGCCGUCACCGCCGCCGCGAAGCUGCUGAUUUCCCCGCACUACCAGCACGUCAUGUUUGGGGUGUUGGGCUACUGGAGCGGCAUCGCCCCCUUGUUAGUCCUCUUUCUCAGCAUGGGGCUCUUCCCUUCCAUCGCCACCCUCUUUACCGUCGUCAGCAACCUCGGCUCUCUCGCAAGCCGCCAGGCCAUUGCAGCCAGCGCUCAGCGCCUUCACUUGCGCCAGUUGGAACGGCAGUUCCAAAUCCUUCAGUUUCUGCGUUACAAGGCCGAGACAUUCUUCGCCGCGCACCCAGGCCGCGCGCGCGAUGAAAUAGAGGAAGCGAAGCAACUGUACGACUCCUUAUCCCCAGAAACGCAAAAGGGAUAUCAAGACAUUUUCCACGCAUUUGCCGAACUUAAGGAAGAACCCAGAAUUCCCCUAGCGAACAUUCAUAAAAUGAUCGAGGCAUUCGCGCUCAACGAAAGGAUACCGGAUUGCAAAGAGAAAGCAGGUCAGGACCUCUUCGACUUUCUCGACGAAGAUGCUGACGGAUAUAUGACGGUGGAUGACUUGAUGGAUAACCUCCUCGGACUGAAGCCAGCCGCCUCCGAAGAGGAAGCCAAACAACUCGUUGCAGCAAUGGCCCACGGAGUACGGGGCGAGUUGGUCAGCUUCUACCAGUUGGCCACCUGGAUAGACGAAAUCGAAGACAGAGCCAGGAGCUUCCACCCCAAGGGAUCCCCCACUCGCUAA